UGAGCCGGAUGCAUGCCAGUCUCUCAACUCUUCAAGAUGGAAGGCUCUUUCUGAUUGGUGGACGACUUUCUCCCAUGAAGCUUUGCUCUCAAGUAGUGGCAAUAGAAAUGAAUUGUGGGAAGGAAAAAAUUAAUGAAGGUGAAGGUUUUGUGUGUAUGAAUUGUGGGAAAAAUGAUGAUAAAAGUGAGAAUAUGAAUAGUAUUAAAGAAUCAAAUAAUGGAGCUUGCAUUAAGUUAAUUAGUGUUGGAAAAAUGUGUUUGAAUUGUUCCAAAAUGAAUAUUUCUGAUAGUAAUAUUUUUCUGAAGAAUUCCAUUAGUGAAGGAAAAGAAAAUUCUGAAAAUAAGGAAAAUUUUGCAAAAAGUGAAGAAAAAAAUGUGAAUUUGAAUUCUGAAGCAAAAAAUAUAUCUGUGAUAAAUGAAGAUCAUGGGAAUUAUAAAGAUGUGAAAGUCACUGUGAUAGAGCAAAAAGGAGACCUGCCUUGUCCAAGAUGGAGACACACUGCUGUUGUAUAUAGUAACAAAGAAGAAGAAGCUAUUAUAGUUUAUGGUGGAAGAUCUCAAAAUGUUCUUGCACUGGGAGAUUGUUACAAGUUUCUACCUGAUUCAAACGCCUGGAUCAAGGUGGAGACAACAGGAUUGUUGCCAGAGGCACACCAGUCCCAUUCUGCUUCUAUUUGGAAUAACCACAUGGUCAUUGCAGGGGGUCUCAAUAAUGACCUUGAACCAUUGUCAUCUGUUUACCUGCUGAAUCUAGACACAAAUAUGUGGAGUCAAUUGAAUUGUGAAAUAAAUCCAAGGUAUUCCCAUACAGCACAUGUGAUUGACAAUGUACUGAUUUUGAUUGGUGGAGUGAGCUUCUCCCAUGAUGCACCUGGUAUUGCUAUGAUACAUCUCCCAUCAGGCAUCAGUGCUGAAUUUAAACUUCCUGCAGCAGACAAGGAAAACCUGUUGAUGUUACACAGACAUACAAGUUACAUCAUGGACGAAAAUACAGUUCUGUUGCUAGGGGGAGGUGGCAACUGUUUCUCAUUCGGCACACAUCUGAACUCUUCACCACUACUCAUUGAUUUGAGUGAAUGUUUUACAACUAUAAAACAGACUAUAAGUAAUAGUGAAAUCAAAACAUGAAAAAAUUGGACAAGAUUUGAAACAGAUAUUAGAACGAGAAAGUUUUUGAAAUAUCUGCAAAAGGUUUGAAAAGUUCAAAAAAAAAAGUCACUAGGGUGACAGCUCUUGUUUAUUACAUUUUUGAUACUGAACAUAAGU